AUGAAGAAAUCCCUCUUCGAGAAACUAGGAAUAUGCUCAUUAUAUCUAGUUCGUAUUUAUUGCCCGCCGUUAUAUUUUAUAAUAUUCUCAGAAUAUAAAGAAAAAAGAAUAUUGAAAGUGUUAUUAGGUUUUAUUGCGGGCUUCUGUUUGGGACAACUUUACUUCAACUUGUUUUUAAAGGACAUACCUUUUCUAAAUGACGCCGGUUUCAUUUUAGGCUUAGUCAUAAGCAUAAUUUUAGGUGUAUCGAUAGCAGUAUCUGUACAAGUGCGUUGUAUUUCGCUCUUGUUAUUACCCAUGUAUUGUGGAAAAGCUGGUCGUGGUAUUUUGAAGGCUAUCGUACUGACAUACGUCGUUGCUGGACCAAUAACAAAUAUGGGUUUAAACGCAAAAGAAGUGGUACGAGUUUUUGCUUGCACAACGCAGUUGUCUUAUAAUCUUUCUAAGCAUAUUUAUGCUCAAAGUUAUCAUCCGUUAAACAAAGCUUUGCUGGAUUUCACCAACGAGAUUGUUCAGAUAAAAGAAAAUAUAAGAUCCAUUCGUGAUGUAAUAUCUCCAAUUGAUUAUGAAAUUGAAGGUUUGGUUGGAUUGCAACAGAUGAAAAGUGAAAAUGAUUUUACAGACACUCUAUUUGAUAUCGUCCACGAUACAGACGAAAUGGCGAAAAUAUUCCAGUUUAUAGACUCUGGUCUUGGAGAAGGAUACACUUACCUGAAGUUAGCUAAAAUAGAAUUGACGACGAAGUUAGACACGAUAAAAUUGCAGCACAAAAUCCAUUAUGAACGAAAGCUUUACGAUAUUCAGGAUGCCAAGGAGACGGGGGAACGUGUACUUCAUGCAUUUGCGGAAAAAUACACCAUUAUGAAGUUCGUCACUAUUUCGGUCUACAUCUUUUUAGCUCUCCUAUUUCUCCGUAUUCCAAUAGCUUCAGCAAAUUAUCACGAUUUAUAUCUAACUAGUAUUGACUACGACAAUGUUUACAUCACUGAAUAUUUUAAAAGAAUCGAUGAGAAACGAUGGAAGAAAAAUAAAGUCUACGUUUUGCCUUUGAAAAAGAUGGAAAGGAACAGAUACAUAGAUGUUCACUCAACAUCCUACAUACCGUCAGAACGUAACAAGCUCUUGACGCAAAUUCUGAAAGUAAUGCUCGAGGCGGUCACCGCUACGACCUUUGUGAUGUUAGAUAGAUUAUUUUAUGAAGCGCUGGACGUAGUGCGGCAGCAUGCGUUAGAAGAAAGUGCAACAUUAAAUAUGCAAGAUAUUGCAAUUCAGGUUGAAGGCAAAGGGCCUUUGUCUUGUAUGCUGCGGAAAAUCCUAAAAGAAUUUAACAUAAAUAAAAGCAACAAAAUGGUUUCAAAUGAUGCUUGCGUUCCUCGACCUCGAGCCAUGCCUUCAAUGUACUAUAUUAAAAUUUAUGGGGGAUAUCUCUGGAUUCUACUCUUGCUAUACAUUAAUCCAUUUACGCUUAGAUUGCGGAGACUAAUCUGCAGUUACUUUUACUAUACACGCGAAAAGGAACGCGUAUUACACCUUUACAACGACAUACUUAAGAAACGUCUGAGAAUGCAGAAAACACUCCGCAAGAAAGCUGUACAGGCUGUUCGCGCCCAUUAUCUAUCCGGCGAGAAUUUACUUAGUAUGAGAAUGAGAUAUCCUCAAUUGUUGGGCUGGCUUGGAAAGUUGUCAGUGGCCAGGAUGAAGUGUUUGAUUUGUGAGGAGACAGAACCCAAAUACGCCAGUCAUAAACGAACUUCAAUUGAAGUAUGGCACUCGUGUGUAAGCACUAGAUGUCCGUUCGUGUAUUGUAAUGAGUGCUGGGUGGAAGUGGGUUCACAAUGUCUCGCCUGCGACCCCGCCCUAGCUGAGCUGAGCGAUGUGGAUUCCCUUAGCGAUAACAACCCGCCACGAUAUUAA